UGUGCCCAGAGGAGAUGGCGGCUCUGGCAGACGAAGACCUCCUCGACUUCCUCCUGAAUGACGGGGCUCCGGCUGUGGAUUUCCUGGAGAAGGGCGGCCUUGAGGACUGGGGCCUGCUGGAGCCAGAGGUCUUGGGGGAGGAGGCGGUGGAGGACUUCCUCAGCUGCCUCCUGAGCCCCUUCGGAGAGGAGGCGACCCGCGUGCCGGACCCCUCCCCGCCUCACAGCGACAGCAGCAGCAGCCUUGGCCUUUCCGAGGAGCCGAGCGGCGGGGGGUCCUGCGGCAGCCCUGGGAGUGUGGAGGCCCCCGCCGUGUGGAACGGCCCCCUGGGCUCCGAGGGCAUCCCGUCAGACCACAACUACUCUUUGCACCUGGAGCCCCCGGGGCGGGGGAGCUCCCCCUCCCUCACCGAGAGCGACGUCGCCAUUGACCUGGAGAUGUGGGGGGAGGCAGAGGCCCCUGACGACGAGUCCAGCAGCGGCAGCCCUGGGGACGCCGGCCUCCCGGUUACCGUCUCCGUCGAGGAGCCCCGCCCUGGGAUGGAUCUGCAGAUCGUUUUCCCAGAGCUGAUCCUGACCGACGAAGAGAAACGGCUUUUGGAGAAAGAGGGGGUUUCAAUCCCGUCCAACCUCCCCCUAACCAAGGCCGAGGAGCGGGUGCUGAAGAGAGUCCGUCGGAAGAUCCGCAACAAGCAGUCAGCUCAGGACAGUCGCCGAAGGAAGAAGGUCUACGUGGACAGCCUGGAGAGCAGGGUGGUGGCCUGCACGGCCCAGAACAGUGAGCUCCAGAAACAAGUGCACUUGCUGCAGAAGCAGAACCUGUCGUUGCUGGCGCAGCUGCAGAAGCUGCAAGCCCUGGUCCGCCAGUCGUCCACCAAGACCACCACGGCCAGCACUUGCAUCAUGGUCCUGCUCUUGUCCUUCUGCCUCAUCCUCUCUCCCAGCCUGUAUCCCUUCGGAAGCCGGGAGCGGCAGCUGGAGCUCCAAGGAGUGCUAUCCCGGAGGCUGCGUGAGUAUCCGAGCGAGGGAGGACAGCCGCAGGCCGAAGCGCCCCAGACAACCUUGGCAACCAGCCGUCUCUCUGCCGGCCCUCCACUGCGUCCUGAGGAGACACUGCCCAGAGAUGCUCCACAGGCCCUGGGGGGGCUCAACCAGUCCCUGGAGGGCAGCCAGCGCCCCCCUGAGGCACAAGCGGCCACCACCGCCAACAGCUCCGCCUCCGACGACCCCUUUCCCCCGCCCACGGGGCUUCCGCCUCCGGAGAAGCCGCUCUUGGGGGACUCGCAGGGCACGGAUUUCCUGCCUGCCUCUGUUGAGCGGAAGCAGCCGAGCUGGGUGGACCAGACCACCAGCGUGGUCAUCCAGCCACGCCACUCGGAUGAGAUGUGAGGUCGUGGGAGCAGACCGGCCAGUGCUGUGCCUCCCGGACACUGACUUUGGGCAGAGGGAGGGGGGGCCCCCGCCCGCCCCCCCCAGACAGCUUCAUGCAGCACUCCGGAAAGACAGAUCUGCUGCCCACAGAACAGCUCCAGCGCUCGCUUGAAGCUUAGGCUGGACUGCGGAAGGGGGCAAGCGGCUCAGCGGGCCCCUGCUUUUGCUGCCUCCUGCGCCUGUCGCUGGCCACGCGCAGCCACGGCCCCCGUUGGAGUCAGCCUUUGAAUGCUGCCCCCCUUCUUGGGAGAUCUUCCUGUGCCCGACCCCCCGGGCCCCACCACAGCCUGCACUUCAGAGUAGCCUUGCCAAGUGCCCCCACCCCACCCAGCCAGCCACCUCUGCAGGGAGGCGCACCCCGUUCCCCCAGAGGGCCGUGAGGCUCCUGCCUGCUGCUGCUGCCCCACCAGGGCCCCUGCUGCCCUGCUUCAUGCCCUCACCGCCCAGGAAGCGGCCUCCCCCCCCCCGCAAAGCUGAGGCAGCCCCCUCCUCCGUGGGGCUGUGGCUGCAGGGAAGUGUAGCUGGGGGGGUGGGGGGCCCCUGCUUUCCAUUCUGUUUGGCAUUGAGCCCCCUCUGAUCUCGGGGAGGGGAGGGGCCUAAUGGCAGGGCAAAGGGAGGGGGUCAUGGCUUAAAAUAAAGAGGGGCAAAAACGUCCUGGCUGGUGGCUGCUGCCUGUGACUUCCUGGCUGUGGGGUGGCUG